GUGAUAUUUCAUUGGUACCACACUUGUGACAUCACAAGUGAGUCAGCUGUUAAUCAUCUUUCUCAAUUUCUCCAAGGUCACACUAGAAUUCUGUACACUCAUUGUUGCCUUUGAUGUUUAUCCAUCUUCUAUAUCUGGCAGAGGUCUAGUUUACCACUCCAUGUCCCCCAGGAAAUGUAACCAAUUUAUAUUUAUGGAGCGACACAGAGAGAGAUAGAGAGAUGGAAGAUAAAAAUAGAUUCCUCAGAUACUGAACUAAGGGGGAUCUGGCUUGAAGUGAGUCACAGAUCCUGGGAGGAUUGAGGCAUUGAAAUUAAGAGGUAUUAUACAGAUCCAGUUCGUUAUUCACCACAUUCUGGGAAAACAUCCAGAAGAAGAAGAAGAAAAAUAAAAAUAAGUUACAGUUUUAGGCAUCAGUAAAAAGCUUUGUACUUGUUUGAUUUAAGUGUGAGAUACCUGUACAGAUUGAGAAAAAACAAACCUCUGGGGAGGCUGGGGGAAGGGUGACUGUCAUCACGGAGGUGCCAAGGUUUUUUCUGGCACAGCUCACCGUUCAACUGGCCACCCUUCCCUCCUGGUCACAGCCAGUGAUGAAUGUCGUUAGUGUGCAGGUUGCUUGAGGUUGGAGCAGUCACUCGACUGCUUCCAAAGUUACCAGUUUGUCUUCUUACACACCUUUUAAACUACAAUGUGACAAAAACAAUGUCUAAACUAAACAUGGCUCACUUCUCUUCAGUGCUAUUGGUUCUUAUUUUUCAUAUUUCUUUAUUAUCAGCACAGCACGGCCAUGAAUGUUCAAAAGACAGACCUUGUGGUAUCCAUCAAAACUGUUAUGUUGGCUACUGUGUUUGUGAUCCUGGCUACAUACGAGAAUCUCGGAAUUGCUUUCCAGGUUUCAAAACAUUUGCAUUGCUGCAUGUUCGAAAAUACGGGGAGGGCUGCUAUUAUGAUGAACAAUGCGUAGACCACAGAAUGUCCUGCCAGGAAGAAACCACAGAAAACAACAACACCAGAAAAACGUGUCGUUGUGACAAAUUUCAUGAAUGGAAUGAAGUGACUCAGGACUGUGUUAAUACAGUGAACAUUACAGUUCUUCUCGACAGCCUUGUUGGUAAAGACAUAUCAGUUGGAGUGAUGAAAGAGGCUGAUACAGUUUUUCUGUCUCUUGGUUGGGCUGGAAUAGCAAUAAUUGUCCUAUUAGUUCUCGUAGCAGUUGGACUUCUUAUUUAUGGAUGCUGUUUAUAUGAAUGUGUGACCUGACUUAUGAAGACAUUUGCAUAACAUUUCCAUCUUUGGUAAGACCCACUGUGCAGAGAAAACUAAUUGAUUUAAUAGCAUUUUUCUAUUUAUGCAAUUUUGAUGUGAAAAUCCAUCAACCUUUUUUAUUGAGUGAGAUGUGUUGCUAAUUCACACACAAGAGUGAAUCUGUGAGAAUGUAUCAGCCAAUAUUGUUUGUCAUUAUGAAAUUUGAAUUACCUGAAGCUAAUUUUUUUUAUUUGUUCUCUGCUACACAGUUAUUACUUGCUCCCACUUUGACUUAAGUGAAAUAUCUAAUAUCUUCACAUAUCAAAUGGCAAUAUAAUGCUAUUCAAUUAUCUGUGAUGAAUCUUUGUACUAUCUAAUGUAGCUACACAUACAGUUUUGUAAUUAAUUUAGUUGAAAAUAAGACUGCAUUUUUUGUACAAAAGGCUUCAACACCAACCUUUUUGUAUCAAUCCACUUCAUGUAUAUUUUGUAUGAAUCAAAUACAGAAGGUUACACAUUUGAUCAUUUUCAUUUAUUAUUCACCAAUUAUAAAAAAUGCAGUAACCCAUCAUGAAUUUAACAUUUCGUAGAGAUUAAGAGAUUUAUUGCACAAUUGGUCCUCAUUAUGCAGAAAGGAACCAAGCCACAAGGAAACCAAACUGAAGAAAAUGGACUUAAAAAAAGAAAUACAAAUAAAAAUAUGUAUGUACUAAUUACUUUAACACAUAUUAAAAGGCAUGUAUUUUAUGCAAAAAUGGACCCUAAAAUAUUGUCUUAUACUGUAGAUAUUUAGAGAUUUUCUACGGUUACAUUCUUAUUCCACAUAUACAUACGUAUCCGAGAAAGCGAAAAAAGGCCUCCAAUUACUACAUAUAAUUUGCAACACAGAAUUUAAUUUCUAUGGAGUCUUAGGUGACAAUAACAUACAUGAAUCAAUGAAAACCACAAAAGAUUGACAAAACCUCUGAACAGAUGAUAAUCUUAUAAAAUGAAGAUAGUAAAUCCUAAUCUAAAAAUUAUUCCAAAAUCAAUAUCAAUUAGUCUGUUUAUAUUUAACAAAGGGUAUGUGAUAAAAUAAGGAUAUUCAACGGCUGUGAUUACUGUAACGUGUUCAAUUUGUAAAAUC